GUGGAGGGCAUUCAUCUGUCCAUUUCUUCCUGCAGCUCUUUAUGAAUGAAACUCUUCCACUGGCUAUCUUCUUAUAUCUUAUUCUGAAAAAUGGUUCCAGAAUUAAACUUCACCACAGUUUCAAACCUCACAACCCCUGUACCUGGGGGUGGUGGAUGCCCACCUGUCGGGAUCCAAUUGGAAGGCCUCAUCAUGCCUCCAGUCCUCAUCAUUGAUGUUGUACUGGGACUGCUGGGAAACGUGGUGGCGCUGUGGAUAUUCUGUUUUAAGAUGAAGACCUGGAACCCCAACUCCCUGUUCCUCUUUAAUCUGGUUAUUGCUGACUUCUUUGCCCUUGUGAGUCUGCCUCUCAGGAUUGAUGCCUUGCUGAGGGGCCACUGGGUGUUUGGAGAUGGCAUGUGCCGGAUUAAUCUCUUCCUGAUGUUUUCCAACCGAUCGGCAAGCAUCGCACUCAUGACCGUGGUGGCAAUUUACCGCUACUUCAAGAUAGUCCACCCUCAUCAUCGCUUCAACCAUAUGACCAAGCGGCAGGCUGCAUUUGUCUCGGCAUUUGUCUGGCUGUUGGUAAUCGGUCCUCGGGUUCCCAUGCUGGCCUACAACCACAUUAAGGGCAGUGGUGGGAAAACCCAAUGCUUCUUCUUCACAUCCUACAAGGAGGCAUCCCGCGCCAUCAUCUUCCUGGUGGGUAUGCACCGCAUUUUGACGGUGCUGGAGUUCAUCAUCCCCAUGGCCAUGCUGCUGUUCUGCUCCAUCCGGAUCUCCAGCUUUCUGAAGCAGAGGCAAAUGGGGAAACCUGACAAGGUGCGAAAGGCUAUGAGAAUGUGUGCCGCCAUAGUGGCAGUGUUCAUUGUGUGCUUCCUUCCCACUACGGUGACUACAAUUGGUGUAUGGAUCAUCCGCUCAUACCGACCAUGGGACUGCACUGCUUUCUACACCUUUACUCAGCUCACCAUUGUGUCUUUGGGCCUGAACUUCCUAAACUCUGCUCUAGACCCCAUCGUCUACAUCUUCUCCAGCUCCAUGUUCAGGAAGGCACUGUUGGGACUAAUACCCUGUAGAAAGGAUGAAGGCCAGAACACAGAGUCCUCAUCAGGAACCCAAAGCACCACUAAGCAGGAAUUGAAGUCUUUAAAGACCAAUAAAGGCAGUGAGGCCACUUAAUAGGCUGGACCACUGUAAUAAUGAUGGAACAAGACAAUCAGAGACUACUUACUUCCACCACUCAUUGCACAAAGGUUACUGAGGCCAUAGAUUCCUACUUGGCAAAGUGAGUUACUCCAGUUACGUGAAAAAACAAAAAAGGUUCAAUUCUAUGCCUUCUUUGGUUUUUAUUAUAUUUGAUUUCUUUUACCAUGAGCACAUACCACUAGCACUUGGAUUCGCAUUUAUAUUACUAUUAGUUCAAAAGUACCAAAUCUGUUAGCACCUACCCAACCAGUAGAACUUCAAGUACACAUUGAUGUUAGAUGUACAUCUCUAGCUUUAUUUGUUGCCUUACAAUAACAAAGUUUCUAUUGGCCCUAAAUCAUUUACCAUAUGCUUGAUCUUCAUUAAGAACUUUAUGAUACAAUAGAGCAUAUGAUUAUGUUUUACCUUUGUUUUUGUCAAGCCUUUGUGCUUUGUUUUUGUGGAGUUAUAUGCAAAAAUGGUGAACAAUCACUUAAAAUAAUCCUGGAUCUGGAUUGUGAUCCGGAUCACCACAAUUUAAGGCGUUCUUCCUUGGGCUAGGACUGUGGUAAAGAAUUCACUAGAAUUUGUCUGUAAACUUUUUCAUAAAGUUGCUAACACGCACACACACACACACACACACACACACACAAACUCACACACACAGACAGACAAGUCAGGGAAACGGUGUUCACUCCUGCUUUUGAUUAACUCUGUUGUAAUUUUCUUUAUAUGUUGAAUACCUUUUAUGUUAAACCUUGGACUAAAUCUAAAUUUUUUCUGAUGUACCUGUCUGUAAAUAUAAAGGUAAACAUUUAAAGGUUCCUCUGCAAAUAUCUCUAUGCAGCUUGAUGUUUAGGUCAAUUUAUGUCAGAUUAUUUCAUAGAUAGCACACUGAAUAACAUAGAUUCAAAGGAAGCUACACAGCUCUAGCUUUUCUCCAGACACUUCUUAUGUCUUGAUGCAGAGUGUCAAGAUUUGCAUUCCAGCCCAGCACUUCAAGGCUGCCUUAAGGACCAGGGGUUUGAGACAUUUUGGGACAUAAGAAUUAGCAUCCCAAAAACUAAAGUUAACGUCCUGGCAAAAAAAUCUCGACAAGGAACAAUCAACUGGAUCAGCGUGUGAGGAAAGUGAUGUGUGCUCCGCUCUGAACCUUGCUAUUUUAGGGGACGCUGUAAAAAGAGUAGGCAAAGUUGGUGGACAUAGUGGGGUGAGGUUUUGUUCUUUAAGAAGAAAGAGCAGGAAGUAGUAUAUGACUGUCCUGCAUCAUUUCAUCGAUAUUGCUGUAAAAAACAGCUAGUUACUCAGCAAGGAGCUGUGUGGCAGCUGAUGACCAGAGCUUUCAGGAACACAGCUGAGUUCUGUGAAGUGGCCUCACAGCCAGUCCCAGAGAGCUAUCAUCACAUCCGUUUCCUAUGAUGAGGGGCUAAGUGGCCCAAAAAACGCCACACAGGGGGGGCAAGUAGUACCUCUGGGUGUUAUCAUGGACUGAAACUGUCACAAGGGCUGUCACACAUCCAUUUCGCUAUUAAAGAGUAAUGUCUGUUUUGUGUUUCUCUAUUCAAGUUCCUCUAACAUUUUGAACUUUGGCUGCACAUUUGGAAACAGGUUGUUCUUAUAUAUAUGCUGUCUUUUGUAAAUUGAACACAAUGUGGAUUUCAUUUUUCCGUUUUGCUACAUUUCUAAAAAUGUGUAUGUCAAAAAUGAAGUGGAAUGCUUCUAUGGCUUCUAUUUUGUGCAGCUUUUUUCAUUCAUCAUUUCAUUGUUUUGAGGGAUACAGCAAUGAAAUUUUUGUAGCUAGAAAAUCAUGAACAAAAGUUCCUUUAGUUCCUUUGUGUGGUAUUGUACUUUUUAGUUAUGUAUUUAGUUACAUUUUAGUUAUUUAGUUAGCUACUACAUACAUAUAAAAAUUGUAUUAUAAUGGACGCAUCGAUGUAUAUCUAGUUGAAAUGUCCCGAAAAGGAACUACAGCUAAUAAAAUUUAAAGAUAAG